UCUUCUUCUUCUUCUUCUUCUUGCGUUUCCUUUCUGCAUCUUACCUUCUUGUGUGCUCAUUGCCUACCUUUCUUUUCAUUGUGUUGCUGUCGCCAUUGGGCACUUGUUUCAAUUGAACCCACAUUGUUAUGUUCUUGGAAAGUAGUCAAUGGCGCAGCAAGUUUUCUUUUCUUCCAUUGGGAUGCUAUCUAUCUUGGGCUUCUUUCCGUUCUUCCUUACUCGCGAUCACUUUGCCUCAUCUUUCUCAUCCCACCUCAUCUAACGUCCACUACAACCAUGGUAGAUCUUUUGAUCGUUUGGUGCCACGAUGGGCCCAGAUGAAAAGAAGUAAAAGAAAACACUAUGCUAGAUGUUUCUCUUUUUCCCUCUGCCAUUUUCCUCUUUCUCCAUUUUAGGCGAAUGGGGUUCUCUUCUGUCUGCUAUAUGAAUGUUUUGUCUUUGGCUUG